ACUUCUAUAGAGACAGUUUCUUACUAAAACUAUUUAUUUAUUUAUUUAUUUAUUUAUUUAUUUACCCCCUUUUUUGAUAUCUAGGCAGAAUACAUGAUAAUGGCGCUGCAUCAGGUAUGCAGUUGAAACAUCUGCGUUUAAUCAGUGGUCUCAUGAGUUUACCUAAACAGCAUUGGCUUCUCCACUUGUUUGGGAGUCACUUGCGGUUCACCUUCUCCAAUUCCGAAAUUAGCAGAAUGGACGAGGAGGUGCUCCUUGACGCAUUUCAAAUGGCACAUGGCAUUUGGAAGCCUGUUAAAGGUUCAUGAGCAGCACCUUUGUAAGAUGCAAGCAGGCCUCAUUCUUAUCAUUGAAACCUAUGACCUACUCACUUUCACAAAAUGAUCCUGGGUCAGAUUACUCCUUCUUCUACUUAGGAAAUUCAUUCAGGGCCAAGUUACAGUGGUUUUAUGGCUUGACGUACAUUGUUUAUCAUGAUAGAAAAGGGAAGCUGUUGCUAAAUUAUUUAGGCCUGGAGACUUUUUUGCUUGUUUCUGUAGCUAUUAGAUAACCUUGACCCAAUUUAUAGUGGGCUGUAUCUUGCCACAAAUAAAAGGAACUCAGAUUUUGUUGAUCUGAAAAGGGGAAUGCACCAGGACAUCCAUAUAAAUGUUAGAAUGUUGCAGUAUGUGACUACCUAACAUGAAAGAUUUCUUUCUUGUUUCAGGUGAUCUAUAAAUCUAUUUAAAAAAAUGAAGAAGACCCAUGAAGAAGUUUUAAAACAUGAAAUAGACAGUGUAACAUGGACUAUCAUUUAAACUACUCCAGCUCAUUUACCCUGAGUUGGAAGGUGGCAUGCAUAGCUGGGAGUGGUACGUCUCCAAGGUAAUGCGGCUCUCCCUGCGUUGGCUCCGGCUGUGCCCUCACCAGGGAAAGAGCAUGCAGCUCAAGAGACUUCAAGAUCUUUGGAACUAUGGGAAAGUAAUCCUUAACUCUCUCUACUUUAAUGUCCUCACCAAUUGGGACACAGUCCUUGACUCAAUGUUUGAACCCAUUUACUGGUUGGUGGACAGCCUGACCCGAUGGUUUGGAGUGGUGUUUGUGAGCCUGGUCAUUGCUCUUACCAGCUCCAUAGUUGUGAUCGUCUACCUCUGCGUACUACCGUUGAUCAUAGACACAUACCCCACACACUGGGUCAUCUGGCAUCUCUGCUAUGGCCACUGGAACCUUGUGAUGGUUGUAUUUCACUACUACAAGGCCAUCACCACCUCUGCUGGACAUCCUCCCCAGGAGAAAAGUGAUAUUCCAACAGUGACAAUUUGUAAGAAGUGUAUCGUUCCCAAACCAGCUAGGACACACCACUGCAGUGUCUGUGACAAGUGUGUUUUGAAAAUGGACCAUCACUGUCCCUGGUUGAAUAACUGUGUGGGUCACUUCAACCAUCGCUACUUCUUCUCCUUCUGUCUUUACAUGACUGUCGGCUGCAUCUACUGUAGCAUCAGUGCCAGGGACAUGUUCAUGGAUGCCUACAGUGCCAUUGAGAGCACCUAUCAGACACCUCCGCCUCCUUUUACUUAUCAGGAGAGACUGUUUCAUAAGAGCCUUCUUUACCUGUGGGUGCUAACAAGCUCAGUGGCAUUAGCCUUGGGAGGCCUUACAAUCUGGCAUGCUGUGCUUAUCACCAGAGGAGAGACCAGUGUGGAGAGACACAUCAACCGUAAAGAGAAAAGACGCCUUCAGGAGAAAGGCAAGGCAUUCCGGAAUCCAUAUCACUAUGGAAGAAUAAAUAAUUGGAAAAUACUGUUUGGUGUAGAGAAGACAAGUCACUGGCUAACACGGGUAUUACUACCCUCUAGCCAUCCCCCCUGUGGAGAUGGACUAACGUGGGACUGCCCUCCUCACCGAAAGACCAUGGCUAUAUGAAGUUUGUCAACCAGUAUGGACCCACAUUUCAUAUUAUCAUCUCAAACGCAAAGGCUCUCACAUGAAGUCCAGGUAGUGGAGGCAGAUUGUGCACAGUCCGUAGUAGAUUGUGUAAACCUCUGGCCCUGUCUGGUUUGAUCAUGUAGAGAACCUGUUGUUUUAAUUGUUGUGAAUGUAAGCUAAUGUGUGCUGAGUUCUGAAGUUGCAGAUGGUGCCAAAGAACUACUGUGAAAUAAUUUUAACUUUUUAUUCAGAUAGUUCAAGAUGAUUCAGUGGUUUUAACACUGAUAGUUGGUGUGGGUUGGCUAGAAUUUUGUUAUUCAUGAAACUGUUCAUACACCCUGCAUUUUACAGGGAAUCUGAAUGUUCACCAAUUUUUGCACUUCAUUGAAAGGACAUGACUAGAGAAGAGCAAUUUGCAAAAUUAGCAUCACUGUUAAGUUACUUUUUAUUACUCUUUAUUAUCAUGUACUUUUCUUUAGCUCAUUAGCACAUUGAAAAUACCAAUUGUGGUAUAUAAUAUACAUUUUGAAAUAAGUAUAUUUAAAAAAUGAAGUAAUCAGGAACUAAGGCACAAAUGUCCAAUGUUACUGAUAAGGUCCCAUUCAUUAAUGAUUUCUUCAGUUGAAUUUUUGGCUGGAAACAGCUAAUGGCAUCCACAAGCUGGGUGUUCUCUGAGUGACCAAGGUAUCAUGACUUCGUUAGAAGCUGUACUGCAAACCAUGGAGCCAUGGUUGCCAUGACAGUAAAAGAAAAAGAAGCUAUGCUAUUUAUAACUGCAUAUUUGUACCUUUUGCUUUUUUUUUUUUUUUAUAUACAAUAAAUGUUUUGAUUAAAUUUGGCUUUCCUAUGUCCCAUCAAUUAAAAUCAAUGCAAUACCUUUUGAACUAAAAAGACACAAACUGAACAGCAGUGAAUUUACUUUAACGGCUUUCUUAAGAUUUAUCAACUGAAUGCAAGAACCAACACUCAACAAUGUUUACAUGAUGUAAAAGACUUGUUUAUACUUGUAUUGAAUGAAAAAUCUUUGCUUUGGUUUUGAUUCUGUUUUGUUUUAAAAAAUCAAUGAAAAUGUACUUUAAAUUUGAAUUAAU